AUGGAGCUAAAGAAUUUCAGUUUUGUUUUCUUGCUGGUUAUUGCCACAUGUUAUGGGCAAAUUCAACAGGGCCAACAACAGCAGCAGCAAGCUAAAGCUCAAAGCAGAAGUUUUGGUCUAGGCUUUGGUGGUCCUUCAUUUGGAGGAGGAUAUGGUUCUUCAUAUGGCCAAAGCAAUUCUUAUGCCAGCUCAGCUUCUUCCUCUUUUAAUCAGGGUUACGGAGGUGGUUAUGGAGGCUAUGGCGGCUACCCCGGUUAUGGUGGUUAUCCUGGCUAUGGAGGCUAUGGUGGUUAUGGCGGCUUAGGCGGUUAUGGUGGCUAUAGCUCGGGUUAUAGUGGCUAUAAUUCGGGUUAUAGUGGCUAUAAUUCCGGUUAUGGCGGCUAUGGCCGUUAUCCUGGCUAUGGUGGUCUUUAUGGUUAA